ACUGAUUUUUUAAAUGCUUUUAUUGGUUAUCUUUUCAUUUAUUAUGUUAGAAUCAUUUCUUUAUUUUAGUUUAAUAGAAUCAAAAUAGGAAGAGAGUUUAAAUCAUAUAAAAAAUUAUUUUUGAGUACUUUUUCAGUAAUAUUUUCCUUUUGCAACAAAUGUUUUUGAUUCCCUUGAUAAUCCUGACUUGGGUCUAUCAAAGAUUCCAAAUUUACAUUUCUAAAUAGGAAUGAUAGCUUGUUUGAGCUGAUAACAUUCGUUUAAAAGAAAAAACUUGCUGAAAAAGUGCUCAAAGAUAUGUUUUUUAUAUGAAUCAUUUCUUUAUUAUUUGCAAAUAUUGUUUUUAGAAUUUAUAUUUUGAAUGCUAGUAGUUUAAGUGAUAUUUGUGCCAUAUAUAAAUAUAACAAAUAAGUUGUAUCUAUGUAUACCGAAUAGUGUUAAUGAUCUAAAAUUUAUUGUUACUAUAAACCUAUUGCUAUAUAAGUAUAUAUAUAUAUAUUUUUGUAUUACGGAAUAAGGUUAACUAACAAGCAAUUGUAUCAAACAGCCAAGAUUUGCAAUUGUACAUAACUUUAAAGAAUUUUAAACAAAGAAUCUCUAAUUUUCAGAUACUCAAAUAUUAAGUACAAUAAUAUAUCAUAACUAUUAAAUUUAAUGUGAUUAUUGGCUCCUAUGCAAUGAAAAAAGAGCUUAUUUUCAAAUAAGAUAAUCGUAGAGUUUUGAAAUUAUAUAAUAUACUAAGAUUUGUCUUAAAUGUAUUAAUUAAAAUGUUUUAUUUUAAUUAAUUUUAGUGUUGUUUAUUUAAAAAAAGAUUUUAAUAUAACAUUUACAUCACAGAUAAACGUCUUUAGACUAUUCUUGAUUAACGGUGUGUGACAAGAAUGCUUGAAUAGUGGGAGUUUAUAAGGUAACCAUUCAACUAUGAGUCCUAUCUACAUUUAUUCUUACGAUACCGAUCUAAAAUUUUUAUAGUAGUACUACGUUUCACUGAUCUGUUUACUGACAAAUGCAUUCAACCUCAACUUUUUUCAAUGUGUUAUUCUUCAUGAUGGUUAAAUAAUUUUAAUAAUAAAAAAAAGUAACUUCAAAUGGUUUUGAAGUGUUCCAAUGUUUAAUGCUAAAACAAUUGUUUAUUAUGAAUAUUAAAAAUUUUAACAAUACUCUAAUAAUUGAGAUUCAAAAGAACAUUAUUGUAUUUGUCAUUAAGGAGAUAAAAGCGUUAUUUUGCUGAGAUUUAUUCUUGCAGCUAUCUCAUCUACGAAAGGAAUAUUAAUAAAACAGAAAUUAGGAAUAUAUUUUAUUCUAUAGCUGAGAAAAUUCUCAAAUGGCGGUCGAAAACAAUACAGAAAUUCCCGAAUACGAUCCUGAACAUAAAUAUAAUGACUUAAAUUUUUGGCAAGACAGAAAAAUUCCAGAAUUCAAAAUAAAAAAUGAAAUUAACGGCAAAGGAGAUAAUGGUCCAUAUAACUACAAGAUUCAGUCUAAAAUUUACGAUAAGCAUACGAAGACAAGCCAAACACGAAAAGUAAACAAGGGCGAUUUACGUGUAUACAAAAAGGAAUUAAAAAUGGCAGCUGGUCAGCGGUAUCAAAGAUGUCCGCCCGUCAGGAAGAAUGCCGCAACUAAUAUGAUUUUUCUAACUCACGAAAAGAACUCAAUGCCACUUAUUAACCCGAGGAGAUUGUAUUUUUACAGUUCCAUAUAUAUAUGGAGGGCUUGCGAACCUUUCAUCAACCAAAUGAAGAAGAAACUGUGGCAUGUUAACAGAUCAUUUUGCUUAUUUGGCCGUAGAUUUAUCUCCAUAAUGGCACGAUAAAUUUUUCAAUUUUCUUGCUACAAAAAAAAAUUGUUAAAGGUUACCUGUCUUUU